GGCCGCCGCCUCCUCGACUUACGGGAGGAGAAGUUCGCGACAGUUACACACGACCAAACAAGAAGAUGGUCUAUUGUUGGUGCGUUUCCCCCUCUCCGCUGAAGGAACUAACCGUGGGAUUUGUGCGCUUUACCGGCUGAGGCUCGUCCUCGCCCCCCCCCACACACCUCACCCUGCGAGGGACGUCUCUGUGUGAGGAGGAGGAGGGCGGACGGCAACUUCUCUCGCUAGCGGUGGUCGGUCGGCCUCGGCCUCGGCCUCCAGCCCCAUCGCAGCCGCCCCGCUAGUGACCCCCCCCCCCCACCCCCCCCCACCCGCGGCAACAUGGGCUCGGUGUUGAGCAGGAGGAUCGCUGGGGUCGAGGAUAUCGACAUCCAGGCCAACUCGGCCUACAAAUACCCGCCCAAGUCUGGGAAUUAUUUUGCAAGCCAUUUCUUCAUGGGUGGUGAGAAGUUUGAUACGCCACACCCCGAGGGUUACCUUUUUGGUGAGAACAUGGACUUGAAUUUCCUGGGAAAUCGCCCUGUGCAGUUUCCAUAUGUGACACCAGCUGCCCACGAGCCGGUGAAGACCUUACGCAGUUUGGUUAAUAUUCGAAAAGACUCUCUUCGCUUGGUCAGAUACAAGGAUGAAGCUGACGAUUCUCCUGAUGAGAAUUCGAAGCCGAAAGUGCUUUACAGUGUGGAAUUCACCUUUGAUGCCGAUGCACGUGUUGCCAUAACGAUCUACUGCCAGGCAACAGAGGAGUUCCAGAGUGGCAUGGCAGUAUAUACAUCAAAGCACCCAUCCAUGCACUCUGAGACUGUCCAUUGCAAGAGAGGAGUGAGCCAGCAUUUCUCUCUUCCUUCUUUUAAGAUUGACUUCUCCGACUGGAAGGAAGAUGAGUUGAACUUUGACCUCGAGAAAGGAGUUUUUCCUUUAGUCAUUCGGGCCGUGGUAGAUGAAGUGGAUGAAUACUCUGGUCAUGCCCAUAUUCUUUUGGCUGCAAUGGAAAAACAUGUCGAUGGAAGCUUUUCUGUGAAGCCCUUAAAGCAAAAGCAGAUUGUUGACCGAGUCAGUUAUUUAUUACAAGAAAUAUAUGGUAUUGAAAACAAAAAUAACCAAGAAACAAAGCCUUCAGAUGAUGAGAACAGUGACAACAGCAAUGAAUGUGUUGUAUGCUUGUCUGAUCUGCGAGAUACUUUAAUCCUACCUUGCAGACAUCUGUGCUUGUGCAGCACCUGUGCAGAUACACUACGUUACCAGGCGAAUAACUGUCCUAUCUGCAGGCUACCAUUUCGUGCAUUGUUGCAAAUCCGAGCUGUGAGAAAGAGGGCUGGGGCUUUGUCACCCGUGUCGUUCAGUCCUGUCUUGGCACAGACUAUGGAUCACGACGAUCAUUCGGCAUCUGACCAUGUUCCUCCUGGAUUUGAGCCAGUUUCCCUUUUGGAGGCUUUAAACGGAUUACGAUCAGUUUCUCCGUCUAUCCCCCCGGCUCCGUUAUAUGAAGAAAUAAACUAUUCCGGAAUUGGAGAUGGUUUGUCUCCAUCCAGCAGACAGCUAUCAGCAAUAGAUAGGAUGGUGGAUAACUGUCCCCAAAAGCCCAAACUGAGCAAAUCCUCCGAAAGCAGCCUGCGAUCUCCAUCUUCCCCCAUACAAGAAGAAGACGAAGAGAAACUCUCUGAAGAUUCUGAUCUGUUACAAAAGAAUGGGCCACAGCUCCAAAGUGGAACAAGCUCCCAAGAAAUUGGGAAAACGGAAGAAUCUCCGGAAAAACAUACGCACAGUCCAGUUGACAGACCUCGCUCUGAGGAAAUUGUACAAGAUAGCACCAAUGAAUACGGUAGCCAUGCUAAAGAAGAUGGGGACACUCCUCUUGCAAUUUCCCUACCUGACCUUGGCUGUGAACCUGGGGCUCACCAAAAUUGUUCCCAAUUGGGCCCCGCACCUCCUAAGGCCGACCCUGUAAGGACGUAGGCUGCAAGAUUGAGGUUGUUGGAACUUCGGACUCUACCGAGAGCCUGAAAAGCCAGAGCACCAACAGCUCAUCUCAACCUCUCCUUGCUGCCUCAAAUGCUGUCCUCAUAGAGGAUGAGAGCCAGGUUCUUUGAGAAUGUACGAAUUAGCAGCAGAAUGACCAAUAGCAUGUGCCAUGUAAGAUCUACUGUCCCUGUAUCAGUUUUGUCUUCAUGACACACUUAACUGUUUUUUUUUGUUUUUUUUAAUAGUUCGCCAUGCUUCAUGGUGUCCUGAAUGAUCAUUUGCACCAUAUACAUUUAACACCCUCAUGACCCAAACUUGCAUUCCUCUUUACUCUGUUACUGGCAGUUUGACUGAUCCAUUCCCUGCAGAGGUCAAAGUGUUUAUAACUUAUAAUGUUUCAUGCUUUGUAAUACAUUUCAAAAAUACAUUAUGCACUAACAUAGAACACGAAUACUGAUUUGGCUUAUUAAUCUUAUUUCCCCUCCCCACCCGUACUAAUGACACGGGAAACCAAGGCAGUUCACCGGCCUUGAUCAGGGUUUUCAUGUUUAAAAAGUACAAUUAAAACAUUUUGCAGUUACAUCUCUGAGUUAAAGUGCGGUGCUGAAGAACAUGUGAAAAUGCAAGGCAUUUAUUUAGUGCUCCAUUUAAUAUAGAUUGAAGCUGUUUUGGAUUUUCCAAUUAUAUUACGUAAAUAACCAUUGAUAAUGCAUGAUUUAAAAAGUUGCAUCACUCUUAAAAGAACAGCCCCAUAUGUCCUGAAGUUUGUACUUUGGACAGUUAUUAUAUCACCUGUGCAUAAUUUUUUUUCUUUUUUUCCCCCUUGCACAAGUCGCCUUUUAAAACUAUCUUCCCAGAUACUGAAACAUCUGACUUUACUCUUCCCGUCUGUCUUGGUGUGAUUGACUCUGGACACUAAACCAUGUUUUUGAAUGCUCUGUAUUAGAAAACCAUUGGAAGACUUUAUUAUCCAAUAUAGUCUUUAAAAAAAAAAUCACUUACUCUCAAAGUAUAUAAUUUCUUCUGACCACCUUAAUCUUUGAAAUUGUUGAAUAUAAUCUGCACAUUAAUGCAUAGUCUGUGAUAUCUUGUAAUCUGUUCAUCUUUGUGGUGUCUACCUCAUUAACUCAUGUUUUAAUAUGGCAGUAGGGUAUGGAAGAUUAGCUUGAAGCAAAUAUGACCCACAUAUGUUUCAGUGUAGUUAAAUCUUAACUUUUGCUGAUGAUAGGUUCUGGCAUGGUGGCGCAAAGGUAACCUUUGCAGCCUUACAGCGCCAUAGACCCGGGUUUGAUCCUGACUGUAUGGAAUUUGUGCGUGCUCCCCAUGACCUGCAUGGGUUUUCUCCGGGAUCUCCGGUUUCCUCCCACUCUCCAAAGACAUUACAGGUUUGUAGGCUAACUUGCUUGGUAAAAAUUGAAAAUUGUCCCUCGUGCGUGUGGGGUUAGUGUGAGUGUGCGAGAAUUGCUGGUCGGCACCAACUCCGUGGGCCGAAGGGACUGUUUCCAUGCUGUAUCUCUAAACUGAACAAAACUAAAAAUGGUUGCGAAUCUCGUAAACUAUUGUAUUGCACAGCAAAGUUGGCAGCUCUUUGUAAAUCAGAGCAACGGCACAUUUGCGCUGUAGAUAUCGAGAUGGCUUGUUACAAUUUUGAUUCUAACUGGAAAGGGUAAGAGCAGGGCAGGGAAUCUCAACAGCAAGACCUCUAACGCAAAAACGAUCCAGUGAUUGCAAUUAAAAAACAUACUUUGAACAGUGUUGAAAAGUUAAAGGCGGCACACAUGUUCCACCAAAGCAUAAACACACCCUCAUCUGAUCCUCCAAGGAGAGUGGUUUAACACUUUUAUCACCUCGAACAGUCCCAUUGAUAAUAUUUUUAAAGUUCCAAUUCGAAAUGUUAUCCUGGCAUAAAUGUGAUGUCGGCAGUAUUAGAGAUUCCUUUUGCCUGUGAAAGACGUAUAAAUGAUGAUCAUUGUAAUCAGUGACAAUUCUAGUGUAUAAGGAGCGGGUAUUAGAGUGUGUAAUUCCCAGAAAAAAUGGUGUACCAUGCAGCUCGGCUCUAACGGCACAAAGUAUGCCUGAUUAGCCCCUCUUAACCAUAUGAGAAAUAAGGAAGACCACUGUGGUAGAUGUUGUAUAUUGUUGGUUAGAUGCUGCUCCCACUUGUUUAUCUGUCUUGCUAUAGUUUCAUUGCAGCCAACCAGGAAUGCUGCACCAUCAGGGUUCAAUUGGAAAUUCACAAAGCUGCGUAAAUCAGAUAGGUGGAAGAACAUGAAGUAAGUUAAACCAGCAAAACUGCAGUGCGUCAAUGCCAGGAUUUUCCAUUAUUCCUGAAUCAAUCUAUUUGUUUGAGAUUUUAUUUUAUCCUCUCCCCCCCCCCACUCCCCCCCCCCCCCACCCACACCCGCUCCUCAAAAUAAAUAUUUUAAAUUGUGUAUUUACAUCAGACUCCAUUUGAGCAAUCUGCUUAAGCUCUUCGCUACAUCUGCAGAGAAGUUGCUGAUGUUCCAUGCUGGUACUGCUGUAUAACUAAACAUUGAAUUCCUUCCUAAAAUACCAUCACACCAAUUUUAGUUUAGUUUAGUUGAGAGAUACAGCGUGGAAACAGGCCUUUCGGCCCAUCGUGUCUGCACUGGCAAUCCCCACACAUUAACACUAUCCUACUCUAGGGACAAUUUUUACAUAUAUACCAUGCUAAUUAACCUACAAACCUGUGUGUCUAUGGAGUGUGGGUGGAAACCGAAGCUCUUGAGAAAACCCACGCAGGUCAUGGGGAGAAGAACGUACAAAUUCUAUACAGACAAGCAUUGAACUUGGGUCUUUUAAUUGUUAACUCUUAAUUGUUUCAAUUUACUCUCUGCAACAGAGACUCUCGCUGUUCCAUUUCAGUCACCAUUUACUCAGAUUUUCAUCAGAUUUUGAUAGAUGAUACUUGCGCAAAAGCAAAUGAUUAAAAUAUGCAGGUAAAUUUGAGCACAGAUAAAUACUUAAUAAUGUUUUAAUAUAGUUCUUUGCCAGUCUGCACUUCUGAUUAAAGACGCUGUUUCUGACUAUGCUCAAAUCCAUUCAGCUGUUUAAAAAAAAAAAAAGUUAAUGAUCAGAAUAUGUGUUAGGUUUAUGUACAUCAUGCUGCUCGUGUAUGUAACCUUUUGCUGUAUUCAUGUUAUUCUUGAAUAUUUGAUUUUUGGUAUGAUUAAGACGAGGCGAGUUAAGACUAUUCAGUUGAGAUUAAUACAGCAUAUUCAUUCAGCUCCAUCUGCUGAAAUUGUAUCCUUAUUCUGUGCCUUGUACCUGAUCUUAUGAUGAAAGUAAAUGUCAUAAAAAUCUUGUCAUUUGAUCCGGUGAUUGUGAUUGAGCAAAAUCUCGAAUUUCAAACUGUUUUGGACGAAAAUACUAAUUUUCUAUUUACUGUAGUAUAAAUAAAUGCUUAGUUGAAUGUAUUGUGAAGUGACGGAAAGAAUACAUGAACAGCAAAGAAUGGGUUAUCUUGCAGAACCAUGUUGAAGUACUUUUGUCCAUCAUAGAUUUUUAAUAUGUAGUCACUUAUUUCCAUAGAGCUUCAUCGCUGCAUUUAAUUCAGAAUGUAUUGAGUGCAUCAUUUUAAAAGAUUGAAGAAAUACUCUGUAAUUUCAUAUGGAUGUGAUUUUACAUUUAUUUGUAGGAUAUUGUAUUGUAAUAAAAUGUUGCAACACUAAA